AUGGGUCUGACAUUGAUUUUUGUUCAAUCGUUGCUGCUGGUCAGUGUCCUCAAAACUGUGUCAACAGCCUUGCCUCCCGGGGUUACCGCAUGCUCGUCGGCACACGACGUGGACACUUACGGCAAGUGCGUCCUGCAACAGCUCGAAGCCAUCAGACCAUUUUUGCCCAAGGGGAUCGCUUCCCUGAAACUGCCAGCCCUUGACCCUCUGUUGCUGCCGUCGUUGACGGUGGACAGAAGCCUCGAAGCUCUCAAAAUCAGGGCCAACAUGAGCCAGGUUCGCGUUUACGGCGCCUCCAGUUUUGUGAUUGACGAAAUCAAGGCCAACCCUAAGGACCUCACCGUCGAAUUGAAGGUCACCAUGCCCCACAUCCACGUCAAGGGCGAGUACGACGUCCAGGGAAGGUUACUGCUCCUGCCUCUGAACGGAAUUGGCAGUUUCAAGGGAAACUUUACUAAUACCAAGACUCAAGUCAUCGCCAACGGCAAAGAAGUUGCCGACAAGAAUGGCGUGCAGAGAAUCGAGAUGCACCAAAUCGCCCUGAAAAUACGCGUCGGUGGCGGUAACAUCAAGCUGAAGGCUCCUACGACGCACAAUUUGGCAGCCGACGCCGCCGAGGCAUUCUUCAACUCGAACCCUAGACUGGUGCUUGACAUUGCCAGUCCCAUAAUCGAAGACACCGCGGCUACCAUCAGCAGAGCCUUGGUAACCAGAGCUCUCAGUGCUCUGACCAAAGAAGAGAUACUGCCUUGA